AUGGAUGGACUUUCUAAGGAGAAUGUUGGCGACUUUUCUGCUUGUUAUGUAAAAAUAAUUGACCCUCAAGUCCGUGGCUAUAUAGAGAAGACUUCCUGCUUAUCUGCUCCAAGAUUCAUCCAGUUCUCAUGGACUUUAAAGGAGCUGGACAAAGAGGCCAGAACCUUUUACAGGGAUGUGAUCAUCCGUGUAGAAAACGAUAAAAGCAAUUUAAUUUCCAAUAACACAAUCACACCUCUAGAAAACAAUAAAAUCUUCAUCAUAGCAGCUUAUUAUGAUGGCAGAGAGUCCCGCCGAGUGCGUGUGUUGACCAUUAUCCACGAAGAAGAUGUGAAGGAGCUAUAUUGUUGGUUUUACUGUUUGAAUGACCUUGGAUAUUUCUCCGUAAAAGCAACCAUAGAGAUCCACUCCCAAUGGUUUGGGUUUCCUUAUGGUCCAGCAGAUGUGGUCUGCCCUGAACCUCUGAACUGCUCUUCUCAGCACAUCUCCAUCCAUUGGUCCAACAUAACAAACCCAAGGCAUGUUCCUGUCUUUGAGAUAAAGAACCGCAAUCCCCAGACUUUCUCGGCAAACUUCACAGUGUGUAUCUCUACCAUGUUUGGAAACCAGGACAACAUAUUGCAGUUUAUCCAGGCCAUAGAGAUGUAUCGUCUUCUAGGAGCCCAGAAGGUGGUCAUCUACAAGAAUGGCUGCAGUAAGGCCAUGGGACGAGUCCUUGAUUACUAUGUCUCAAAAGGGGUUAUAGAAAUUGUAUCUUGGCCAAUAGACAAAUUUUUGAGAACUUCUGUUGCCUGGCGCCAAAAUAUGAACCCUGAAAGCCAAAUUGGUUAUUACGGGCAGCUUGCAGCACUGAAUGAUUGUAUGUACAGAAACAUGUACAAAAGUCGAUAUGUCAUCUUCAAUGAUGUGGACGAAAUCAUUUUGCCAAGACAUAACACAACAUGGGAUGAAAUGAUGGAAGUCCUAGAGAAAACCUAUCCAGAUAAGGCUGCAUACCUGGUAGAAAACCAUUACUACCCAAAGAACAUCACUGUGCCUAAUUUUCAGACCGCUUUUCCUAAAAAUGUACCAGGAACCAACAUUCUUCAGCUGAUAUACUAUGAGCCAGAAAUUCCAAAUGGCUUUAACGGCCGCAAGAUGAUAGUCAACCCACGGGAAGUCAUUCAGGUGUUAGUUCACUCUGUAUUAAAAGCUUAUAAAAAAAGAGUUUUUGUUCCCAAUGAUAUCGUAAGCCUGCACCAUGGCCGGUCACCAAAGCAGCCAGAUCUCCCACAGACAUCUCUCAUAAGAGACACGACCAUAUGGAAAUACAAUUCUACUCUUAUUACAAAUGUUAACAAGGUUUUGAGACAACUGAACUAUCACUGA